UAAAACCCUAAGGUAUUGUAUAUAAAUUCCACUCUCAAUGUUGGCUCAUCGCUUCGUCAAACCAGUGCCCAUCGGAAUCAAUCGGUGCGCCUCUCUCUCUCUCUCUCGCUUCGUCACACCAGUGCCCAUCGGAAUCAAUCGCUUCAGAACGAUGAAGAUUAUUGCUGCGUACUUGCUCGCCGUGUUGGGAGGCAACGCCAGCCCUUGCGCCGAUGAUUUGAGACACAUUCUCGGUUCAGUUGGCGCUGAGGCUGAUGAUGAGAAAAUUGAAUUCCUCUUGAAAGAAGUAGAGGGAAAAGACAUCACUGAACUGAUUGCUUGUGGAAGAGAAAAAUUGGCCUCAGUUCCUGCUGGUGGUGGCGGUGGUGUUGCAGUGGCGGCUGUUGGUGGCGGCGGCGGCCGUGCUGCUGCUGCCGCUGCUGCUCCCGCAGAAGAGCCAAAGAAAGAGGAGAAAGUAGAAGAGGAAUCAGAUGGGGAUAUGGGCUUCAGUCUGUUCGAUUAGAGAGGAUUAUUAGUGGUGCUGGCUGUGUGCUUUAUGUUGCCAAGUUGUUGGCUCUUGGUUUUCUCUUGUCUUGAAAUUUCUGUUGCUGACUGGCAAUUUUUGUUUGGUGACAUGGCAGUCAUAUUAUGAGUAGACUUUUAAAUUA